AUGGGUAUUGUAAGGCUUGUCAAACGUGACGGGAAAAAAUUGAGAGAUUGCCUGAGGAGGAUCUGCAAGCAAAAGAACGUUGAAUAUGCUAUCAACGACAACAGCGAAAACGAGGAACACAUUAACAACAUUAAUGACAACUUCAACAAUGACAACAACAACAACAACAACAAAAACAUCUGUAACAUUAACAACAGCAAAAAUCACAUCAACAACUGCGGCAACAUCAACACCGACAACAUCAGCCGCGUUAACAACAGCAACAACAACAUAAUAGAAUCCACAAAAAGUGCAAUAAAUCCAGCAACAACAUCAACUACUAAAGCUGAAACCACCUCGCACGCAAUAACAACAAGAGUAACAACGCCGAUGAAAGCAGUUGAUGAAAAUUUGUACCCCACAACGACACAACGCACCGAUUGCUGCCAACUGACAGCUGAGAAAAAUUUCUACGAACAUGAUAGAAAAAAUGACACUAUCGAUAUUUGUAACGGUAACGAUGAUGAUGAAAGAGAAAAGGAUGAAGAUGAUGUCUGUGAUUGUGCGUACGUCCCGAUUCUCUCAUCAAGCCACCUCACCGCCAUUCUCAUCCUCAAAUGUCUUAUGAUGCUUUUUUGCCUCUCGAACAUUCCAGUUGGUUUCGCUGCUAACCCAAGUUUGUUCAUUUUUAGUGUUUUUUCUCAUGUAAGCUUGUACGGCUGA